AUGGAGCAAAACACACAUGAAUAUUUAAACACGCUGAAAAAUGAGCUACGGGAGGCCGGACAAGAGAAAACGGCGGCGGCGAUUCAGACCUCGCUCAAUGAGUAUUAUCGCCGCCAUUGGUAUGAGAUGUCAUUAACGCUUUUGGAGGUGAUGCGGGAUCCCGUCGUCCUCGCACGUGCCUACGACCUCCAUGACAACGUGUUACGCAAUAUUCGUGCCGAUAUAUCCCCCAUAGCGUAUGUGAAACUUAUUUAUUCGGUCGUUUUUUCUCCUAAUGGGAGCUUAGAAAAGGCUCUAGAUAUCGUGGAAGGGGCUUCUGCAAGUCUCCUGGGGCGUGGCGCAACACAAGAAAGACAUGCGGUAGAGUGCAUUCGCGCGAUGCUUCUACUCUCAAGCAGCUCCUCCAACAUUAACGAGGAGAGCGCGGCGGAUCCUGAAAGCGGCUCAUAUGUGGCGCGUAAGCUUCUUGAAGAGCUCAGCACCUACAUUGGGAGUUUGCAGAUGCAUGAAGCGGAGCCGCUUCUUCUAAUGCUCUACUGUAAAGCUCGUGGGAAGGACUACGAGCUACGAAAGCAGUAUACACAAUUCUACAAAAACACCUUUGCCAUCGUGACGUACUCAGAUAAGGCUGAAAUGCCGCUACUACCGGAUGAGAUGGAUGAACUCGCCUUCAGAACGGCGGUGGCUGCACUCUUGUCCGACGAGAUCUUUAAUUUCGGCAAGUUUCUCAACAACACUUCUCUGGUAGCCGCCUUGGAGGGCUCGGCGAGGCAUCGGUGGGUUCUGGAGUGGCUACGGCUCUGCAAUGAGGGCAACGUGGAGGGUUUCCAGGAGUUCACUGAUGCUCAUCUAACCGAGAUCAAUCAGGUUGCCGAUCUCGUUGAUGCGGCCCGCACGGCGUUGCAGGAAAAGGUACGCCUCACCGCACUUUUACACUUAGCCUUCUACACUCCUUUCAACAAGCGCACCUUUUCGUUUCAAACGAUUGCCAAACGUUGCCUCGUGGAGGAGGGGAAGGUGGAGCCGCUGCUGCUCACGGCUCUCGCGCACGGUAUCGUGCACGGCCGCAUCGACGGGCUAACAGAGGAGGUUCGCAUCACAUGGGUGGAACCGCGCGUACUGAGGUUGCAGGAGUUGAAGCAGCUCGCCGAGCACGUUGCCAGAUGGAGAACGCAGGUGGUGGGGGUUUCUUCGUACGUCUCGAAAAUGGUGGCGCAGAUUCCCAACUAA